CUUUUAACACGGCGGCUUGUAAUAUGGGGCGGCUUUUUUAUUUAUUUUUUCAGUGGCGGGAAAAACAUCGACCAAUAAAAUGAAUGAGUAGUUCAGAGGUCCAAUGAAAUUGUAUGAUUAAUCACAACUUCCGUUCUAAUUUUUCGCGGCGGGAAAAAUAUGUUCCCCAGUAACAGUCGACCAAUAAUGAAUGAGUUGUUCAAAGGGGUCCAAUGAAAUUGUAUGAUUACGGUAAUCACUUCCAUAAUAUUACAUUCAGUCGUUACUAACCCUCAUCAACAUGGAGAAUACGAGAAGAAAAGCGUAUGAUGCAGCUUUUAAGUUAAAAGCGAUCGCUGUGGCAGUGAAAGAAGGAAAUCGAGCUGCCGCCCGUAAUCUUGGCAUAAACGAAUCCAUGGUGAGAAGAUGGAGGCUCCAGCAAGAAAAACUGAGCCAGUGCAAAAAGACAACCAAAGCUUUCAGAGGUAACCAUAGCAGAUGGCCUGAGCUUGAAAACUUCCUGGAGGACUGGGUGAACGUUCAAAGAGCAGGUGGCCGCGGUGUCUCCACUGUACAAAUAAGGCUGAAGGCUAAAGCGAUCGCCUCCGAGAUGAAAAUAGAAAAUUUUAAAGGUGGGCCGUCGUGGUGUUAUACACUGUAAAUUGUAAUAGCUUUCCUGACUCACAUAUACUUAGUUAACUUUACUCAGUAAUAUAAAAUACAUACUUCUUACUAGGUUUUGUUGAGUUACAGUCAAUUGCAGGUUGAAAAUAACAAUUUACUUAAUUGUUUGAGUGACACUUACUUGAAACAAGCAAGUAGCAACAAAGGAUGCAAUGACGUUAUUACACCAGUGAGAGGCAGCAGUGCAAUAAAGCGUACCUAAUGUGCAGAAAAAAACGAAGAAAAAGAAGCGGCACUGCAAGAGCAUGCGUAAUUUGUACGUAUCUUGGCGCCAAUUCUCCAGAUGUGGAAAGACGUUGAGAGGCCACCUACGUUUUUAUCCGGAGCUUCGUUACUUUUUUGAAAGAAAAAGAAUAAUAAUAAGAGGAAGUCCUUCUGGCAGCUGCCUCCUGAUUGGUCUUCCACAAACAGGUCUUGAUACACUGCAGAUGCAGUGGAACUGUAAGCACUGUGUUUUUUCUGAAAACAAAAGAGGACUUUUGUUAAAACAUUAUCGUUUAAAACAUGGAGGCUUCACUCGGCAACGGCCAAUACCAGAGACAAAGUUUAACAGGUUAGUCACCACAGAUCUGCAGAGUAACGUUUAUGGUGCUGUGGAUCGCUACACGCCACGCUUUGUCACAAUCUUCAAGUCAAAGAAAGGGACCGUUGGAGAGACAUUGGAUGAGCUUAUGCAGCAAAUGAAUACAUGGAAAGAAGCAGACGUGACAGCAAUGCGCACUCUUGUGCUCCGGGGCUUACCUAUCCUGCUUGGUGUUGAUGCCAUUAACUUCUACAACACCUGCAAUGCAUGUGAUGUUGAUGGCUGGCCACAAGUGUCCGUUGGGGUGCUGACUGUUAUUGAUGAAGAAGAUCCUCUCAUUCCGAAUAAACUGUACCUUGACCGAGUGUCUACUGCAGUCAUUGUGGAGGGAGGUAUAGUACUGGAUAAUCUGCAUAAUCUGCCUCAGGCAAUUUGCAUCUUGUUUGGUCUGUCUUAUGCUUUAAAUUUGAAGUAUCCAAAAGGCAUGAUCAACACUUUCAAAAGUUUGUUCUGUUUGGGACAGAACAAACUGCCACCAAAACUACAAUCUCUGAAAAAUCUCCUGUUGAGCUGAGAUGUAAUCACAUGUGCAAGAGUGAUGAUAUUUGACAUUUGAUUAAAAAAAAAAUGUUCUGACUGGGGAAUAAGAGUAGUUGAUAGAGAAAAAAAA